CAUGAAAUUAUCUCUUCUUGAGUGAUGGGUGGUUGCCAUCCAUGUGAAGACGAAACAGCUCGAACCGUAUGCGCAUUCCUGUGGUGCCGGUGAAGGACGGCGCAGCGGACGAGUGCGGCUGGGGCGACGAAGCCCUAGACAAGUGCAAACAUUGGAUCGUGCUGGAGCCAUUGGUCUAUAUCAUGCCCAAAGCCGACCCCAAGCAGACCGUCAAGGACAAGCUUGGGCAGUUGGGCCAGGGGCAGAUCGUAGAAGGCGAUGGUGUCCGCAUAGACGGCGUCCGCUGGCUCCGAACGGAGUACGAGGACAAGGAGGCCUGGAUCUUAAUCGAUGGAUCGGCCGUGGGGUUGAAGCGGCUCUUCCUGGAACCGGUGCCGGGAUAGGAGGAAAAGAAGUGCGAGCAGCGGCGCGCAGCGGCCCGCGGGCGAGGUGGUAGGAUUUGGA